UAUUACUUCUAAUAUUACUGGCUACCUUCAUUUUUGAUCUGCUCCUUCCUUAUUUCUCUCUUUGUUAUCCUCUACUUGUUUUGUAGCCUUCACAAUCUUCUGAAUUCUCAGUGCUCUUGGCCACUUUAUCGGCUCUUUUCCUUUGAUACAUUUCCUGACUUCCUUUGUCAGCCAUGGCUGUCAAAACUCCCACCCUGGAAAAUCUUUUCUUUGGGACGAACCUCUGUACUGUGUGCUCAAUUACACCCAAAAAUUCCUGCCAUUGUUGGUCUACUGUCGUCCCUGCUAGGCUCUGCUUUCUGACAUGCCCUGUCUAUUUCCCGGUGUAUCUUGCGCCCCUGGUCCUGACCACUGUUAGGGGGUCUGUACCGAACUCCCAUUAUGUUUUUUUUUGCCUAUGUCGUUCCUCAACUCCUCCACACAGACUCCACAUCAUCUGACCCUAUGUCAUUCAGUGCCAUAGAUUUAAUUUCACUCUUAGCUAAUAAGGCAACCCUGCCUCCACUGCCCACCUCCCUGUCUUUUUGAUAAGUUGUCAAUACUUGGAUGUUUAACUGCCAGUCCUUCAUUCCCUAUAUGAAGGGCCAGUUGAAAUAUCAUUUUGUGAGGUUAGUCAUCCUUACAAUUCUAGGUCUGGAAUGAAUUUCUCAAACUAACUUUUAAAAUGAACAAGAAAUAUGCAUUACCCAUUACGUGAUUGAAUAAAUAUUCAAUUUUGUAUUCUGAUAUGCAACUGAAAUGAGACGUUACUUUUGACAAAACAAAACUUUAUCUGAUUAUUUCCACCACCUUGAGGACCUACGUUGGAAUUAGCAUGUUUUAUUUUCAUCCUCCUACAGCUUGUAAAAAUUGAAAGGUUCAUCAAAUGGUAAAAACACAUUUGACGAACAGCAAGGUACUGAAUAUUUACAUUUCCAGAACAACAUUUCUUCCUUUGUUGCUGAUCAAAACUCAAUUCAGUUCUCGAAAAAUUACCCAAGGCCUUGGCCUGCAUUUUUGUUCCCAAGUUGGGAUAACUUGCAGGUCCACAAACCAAACCUAGGAAAAAGUGCCCCAAAACUUCAGAUUUUGUUUGGACGGAGUUAGGGAGAGGUGGACAGGUUUUAUGAAAGUCAUAGCUGUCGAUCAGGAAGGGGUUUAAGGGCUGCUGGGUGUGAGGCAGCCUUAGAAAAAGGUCACCUUUGGUGCUCCAGACUUUGUUGCAGCACUAAAGAAAAGGGUAAAAUAAAAUGGCCCAUAUUCCUCACUACUCCCACCUACUCCCCAUGCUCUAUACUUGUCAAUUCCUAUGUUACCAAUUGGCCCCUUGCAACCUUGGUGCCAACCUACACCCUGUAUCCAGCUCCUCCUGUGCUUCUCAUAAAGAUAUGCUGCAACCUUUGUUGCUAACCCACACCAUACAAUCCACUUAACCAUGAUACUUCAUAUAGUCACAACCAGAAUAUGCACCUCGAUCCAUUCACUUGUCCCUUCACAAAACUUGAUUAACUCAUGUCCCUCUACAUAAUUCAGAUAAUUGCUUCCUGCCUUAUAAUUUGUCAUUAGCCUAACCAAACUUUAUAUCAUUACAGAACUUUCAGCUUUGUGUGGUUUAACAUCAAUAGAUGGUUUUCCACAUUGUGAAGAGAAAGUUAAGUGGAUGCAAGAGAUGUGGAAAUCUGAACCUUGCUAUGCAAAAUAUGGUGUCAAUGGAACUGUAUGUUCAUUUAUUGUGUAUCUCAGUGAGAUUGAGAAUUUCUGCCCUAUGCUUCCAGUAAGAAUAAAUGAGGUUGCUAAUAAUGAUGCCUUAAAACCCAAGGCCGAGGUUGCAACCAGUCUCGAUGUUUUGUUGGAAAUGCUGGCUGAACGUAAAGAGCUCACAUGGAUAAAACUAAGAAUAGAAAGGAUGAAAGAGAACUGGAUCAUGGAUAUGAAAGCAUUGGCAAAGAAACGGAAUUUAGAAAAUCGACCAAAAAAAAAGAUUUUACUUCAUUUAGGUCUUUUGACAAAGGAGUCAGGAUUUAAAAUAGCCGAAAAUGCCUUUAAAGGAGGCCCACUUGGGGAAUUGGUGCAAUGGAGUGAUCUCAUUGCCUCAGUGUACUUAUUAGGUCACAACCUGAUGCUGUCGACAUCAGUAAAUGAAUUGAAAGGAUGCUUGUUGAGGGUUCUUGAUUCUUUUGGAACUGAACCUGAAUUUAACCAUGCUGAAUAUGCCAAGAAAAAGAACCAUGGAUCUCCCUGGGGCAAACUCAAUCUAAUUCCUAAGCAGUUUUACAACAUGUUCCCUCAUACACCUGACAACAGUUUCUUGGGCUUUGUGGUGGAGCAGCAUUUGAAUAGUAAUAAUAUUACUCUCAGUAAAAUACCAAGAACUAAUAAAGCUCUGAUUUAUGGUAAACUGGCGGGCUAUUGGAAGGAUAAAUCAUCUUUCCUGGAUAUUGUCAAAAAUUAUGCUGAGAUCCAUGGUACUUUUCACAAUGAAAAUAAUGUCCUUUUACCUAAUUUUAUAAUUAAUCAUGGGAUCCUCAGUGGGCAUGACCUUCACCUCUUGCUAAGAGGGACUAAGGUUUUUGUAGGGCUCGGGUUUCCCUAUGAAGGCCCAGCACCCCUUGAAGCAAUUGCAAAUGGUUGCAUAUUUCUGAAUCCAAAAUUUAACCCUCCAAAGAGCAGGAAGAACACUAAUUUCUUUCAAGGGAAACCAACAUUCAGAGAGCUCUCAUCUCAGCAUCCAUAUGCCGAGGUUUAUAUUGGGAAGCCCCAUGUUUGGACAGUUAACAUUGACAAUCCCAGUGAACUAAAAGAAGCAAUGCGUCAAAUAAUGGAACAGAAGAUUGACCCAUAUUUGCCAUAUGAAUUCACAAGUGAAGGAAUGUUGGAAAGAUUAAACGUUUUUAUUGAAAAACAAGAUUUCUGCCGUCAAAGAGAAAAAUGGCCACCACAAACUGCCCUUAGUGUUAAAAUGGCCCAACCUUCCGAAUCAUGUGUUGAAGCCUGCCAAAGAGAGCAAUUAAUGUGUGAACCUGUUUUCUUCUAUCAACUCAACAAAGAAGUAGAGCUUAAGAGGUAUGGAAUACACUGCGACUCUUCAAAAACAGAAAGUGAUUUGUACCUGCCAGCAUUUAACCCUGAAAACCAAAUGUGCCUGUUUCAGUCAGAUUACUUGCUCUUCAGCUGUGCAGGAUCACAUGAACAUUACAAUCGAAUCUGUCCAUGUCGAGAUUAUGUCAAAGGACAGGUUGCUUUCUGCCACAAUUGCUUGAAAGGUGAAGCACAUAACUAAUUUGCAUUGUUUACUGAAAUGAAAGAAUCUCCUACUUUUAAACCAGACAUCAAGGAUAUAUCUGUUAGUGUUGCUGCAAGAAUCGUGUGAUGAUACCAAUAGAGAACAGGUGGACCAGAAUCCAUUUUCCUCAAGUCCUUAUAUCAAUCAUAUGUAAUUGUAGAUAACUUAGAAACUACCAAAACGUCGUCUGUCUUCCAUUUCCGUUCAGCAUCAUAAAAAUAUUAUCUGUUCUUCACAGAGUCAUAGAGAUGUACAGCAUGGAAACAGACCCUUCAGUUCAACUUGUCCAUGCCAACCCAUUUUCCUAAAUUAAAUCUGUUCCAUUUGGUGGCACAGUGGUUAGCACUGCUGCCUCACAGCGCCAGAGACCCAGGUUCAAUUCCUGCCUCAGG